AAUAUAGUGUCAAUCAGAAAUCAGAAACUUUCUAAGAAUUCCCAGAAAAUACUCUGAAAUUAUAACAAAAUGGAUGAGCUAAUGAAACGAAAUCCUCAAAAAAAUCCAACCCAACGUGAACUCACUUGUAGUGUGCAUUUCACCAACCCCAAACACAAAUCCGAUGCAUCAUCCUCUUCCGAAGAGGAAGUUGGUUCCGUUACCCGUUUAGUCUCCAAUCCAGAGGAUUUGGAACUCGAACAUAUAUUCAAAAAGUCACCCAAGCCGGAGGAUCUAUUGGUCAAGUGUACGAAUCGUUCGCUUCUUGAAUUUGGACACAAUUUCGAGAAUGUCCCCAACUGGUUGGAUAUUAAGCAACCCGGAAAGGAUCCUUUAUCGGCGGUUCUUCGUUAUAUGAUCGAAACGCAUAUGAAGACCACCGUACAGAUUGAAAUCAAUAAAAUGUACUUCAAUUGCCAUUUAUCUGUCCUGCAAGUAUAUUCGAAGUUCUUUAUGGAUCUAAAUGAUUUGCCUUUGGUAGUGAGUUUACCCGAAGAUCGUGUGUCACAGCGCGCCUUCAUGUUGAUCUACAAAUGGAUGUUGAGCGAUGAACCCCAUUUGGAACGUGAGGACAUUGUGGCCAUCUAUGUGGCAGCAAGCUAUUUAAGGAUCGAAUCGUUGUUGCAACAUUGUUGGCAAUACUUUGAUGAUUGCAAUUGUUUCAAUGAGGACACCGCUUGUGUUCUCUAUGUGGAAACUUUAGGUAUGCCAGCUUUGGAUGUGGUCCGGAAUCUAAUGUUGACCAGAGUUCAGAGAUUUUUUCUCACAUUUGUGGCCACGAGGAAUUUUCUUGAUUUGCCAGUGAAACAUUUGCAUUUUCUACUCGACUCGAAUUCAAUUUGUGUCAAUACGGAAAUCGAGAUUCUUUUUAUUAUUGUUCGUUGGCUGGGUCAUGAUUGGAAUAAACGCUGUGAUCAUGUAACGAAACUUAUUAAAUGCAUUCGCUUCCAAUCGAUGCCCUUGUGGUAUUUGCUUUGCGUUCGUCGCGAAGAGUCCCAUGAACUUGUUUUGCAUCUAUUGAAGUCACCCGAAGUCGAUGGCUUGAUCAAUGAGGCAAUUGCCCAUAUAACAGCCACCAUGUACGAUGAUGGAUCUAGUGCGGAUCAGAUACAAAUAGGUUUUGGUGGCCAACGUCAAUGGAUUAGAGAUAAAUCAUGUGAUUAUCAUCAUCUAAUCGGUUGUCCCAAUACCAGAGAUAUUCGUUACAAGCACUUCGAGAGCUAUUUACUAACCCUGCAACAGCAAUCGACAGACUAUUGGUCCAAAUUGCAAUUGCUCGACUUGAAUGAUACGCAAAAAUGCUGCCAAACGGGUAAAGUUACUCUGAGGGAUAUAUAUCAAAGGGAGGAUUAAUAAUUGAAUUCGAUUUUAUAUACAAAUUUAUAUUUUAUAUAUUCUAAAAAUAAAAUUUGAGAAAUUGUUCAGCAGUCGUAAAGUAGAA